ACUACAAUACUAUUAUUUUCACAAGCUCUAAAUAAACUGUAGUUAUUGUAUUAUUUUACUAUAUCAAAAGAUGGAUAUAGUGCAUAGAUUAGGAGAAGAAAGCCCAGUGGUGAUAUUUAGCAAGAGUAAUUGUUGCAUGUCUCACAGUAUCGAAACCCUAAUUCGUAAUUUUGGGGCGAAUCCAAUGGUGUAUAAGCUUGAUGAAAUUGAGAAAGGCAAGAAGAUGGAGAAAGCUUUGAUUGAAAUGGGUUGCAAUCCUAGUACCCCAGCUAUAUUUAUUGGGAAGGAAUUUGUUGGUGGUUCUGAUGAAGUGAUGAGUCUCAAUGUUAAAGGCAAGUUGAAGGAAUUGCUUAUUAAGGCUAAUGCUAUUUGGGUAUAGAUUAGAACUAUAUAUAUGACACCUCAACUAUAUAUAUAUGUUGCUCAAACUCUUUAUGAAAAAUGUUGUAGUUGCAUUAAUGUUCGUAUCUUUUAAAAAAAUACACUAUUUUUAAAGGAUUCGAUCUAAUACGAAGUACUUCUAACAUUAUUGAAGAGUAGGUGCAAUAUAGGAUUAUGUAUGUGUGUAUGCAUGUAUGAGUGCUUACAUGCAGCUAGAAAUGUACUGUUGUUUUUUCAGUACUAUUUGUUGUCUCUCUUCUUUCUUUUUUUUUCAACUUUUAGUGUACUAAAUAAU